AGCAGGGACCAGGGGCGGAGCUUUUCGGAGCUUGCAGAAGCUCGCGCGGAGAGCGCAGGCGCGGCUGAUCGACCAUGGCCGAAAACCUGUACCGAGCCCGUUCCCGGGUUUACAGCCCAUCUGUGCUGUUUCUGCACCCAGACAUGGGUAUAGGCGGUGCCGAGCGGCUAGUGCUGGACGCGGCGCUGGCGCUGCAGGAGUACGGCUGUCAGGUGAAGAUAUGGACCGCGCACUACGACCCGAACCACUGCUUCCUUGAGACUCGCGAGCUCUCGGUGCAAUGCGCAGGGGACUGGCUGCCUCGCAGCCUGGGCUGGGGCGGCCGCGGCGCCGCCAUCUGCUCCUACGUGCGCAUGGUCUUUCUGGCGCUCUACGUGCUGUUUCUCUCCGGGGAGGAGUUCGACGUGGUGGUGUGCGACCAGGUGUCUGCCUGUAUCCCGGUGUUCAAACUGGCCAGACGGCGGAAGAGGGUCCUAUUUUACUGUCACUUCCCAGAUCUGCUGCUUACUCAGAGAAAUUCAGCUCUGAAGAAGUUCUACAGGGCCCCCAUCGACUGGAUCGAGGAAUACACCACGGGCAUGGCAGAUCGUAUCUUGGUCAACAGCCAGUACACGGCUUCCGUCUUUAAGGAGACCUUCAAGACCCUGUCUCACAGAAAUCCUGAUGUCCUCUACCCAUCUCUGAAUAUCGGCAGCUUUGACUUGGCUAUUCCUGAAAAGAUAGAUGACCUAGUCCCCAAGGGGAAACAAUUCCUCUUCCUCUCUAUCAACCGCUACGAAAGGAAGAAAAACCUGCCCUUGGCGCUGAGCUCCCUAGUCCAGCUUCGUGCUCGGUUGCCAUCUCAGGAGUGGGAGAAGGUUCAUCUGUUCAUGGCUGGUGGCUAUGAUGAUCGGAUCCCAGAGAACGUGGAGCACUAUAAGGAGCUGAAGAAAAUAGUCCAAGAGUCGGACCUCGAGCGGCACGUGACCUUCCUGCGGUCCUUCUCAGACAGACAGAAGAUCUCGCUCCUCCACGGCUGCCUGUGUGUGCUCUACACGCCGAGCCAUGAGCACUUCGGCAUCGUCCCUCUGGAGGCUAUGUACAUGCAGUGCCCGGUCAUCGCUGUCAAUAAUGGCGGGCCCUUGGAGUCCAUCGUCCACAAGGUCACCGGGUUUCUGUGUGAGCCUGACCCAGUGCACUUCUCAGAAGCCAUGGAGAAGUUCAUCCACAAACCAUCCCUAAAGGCGACAAUGGGCCUCGCUGGAAAAGCCAGGGUGGCAGAGAAGUUCUCCGCUGAUGCAUUCGCAGAUCAGCUCUACCAGUAUGUCACCAAACUGGUGUAGUCGGAGAGUGUGAUGUAGGGUCUGUAUGCUACAUGCACUGCAAUCCCUCUUAAGGGUUGUAGAAGGCACCUUUGAAACCAAAAGGGGGGAACAAAGGAGCUAGAAUCUAGUGCUAGUGAGAUUUUUUUUUUUUUAAGUAGACUCGAGUCUUGAAUGUGAGCCACCUGCCCACCACACCUACCUGUCAUUUUCUGGAAUAUUCUUAAUGCUGUAAUCAUUCCAAGUCUCAUCAGUAUUGUUGAAAUCAGUAUGGUGGAAAUCUGCUGCUAGCAGACUAUUUUAAUUCUAUUUUUCUGGAUUAUUGUUCCUUUAUAAAGGUUUAAUCAUCCAGUGCCUUAAUUGGCUUUAGUAGUUUGUGUCUUACCAUCGUCACAGUCAGUUGAUUUGACUUCAGAGUGUAGUGGGAACAGGGCCACUGUGGUUCCCAUGCUCAGUUUACUUAAAGUGUUCUCUAGUAGCUGCUAGGAAACUUUUGUUGGAAUUAUGGCUGGGUCCAUAGAGAGAAUGCUCAGUAUUAUUUAUUGUUUUUGGUUUUGUUUUGUUUUGUUUUUUGUUUUUACUGCAACUUGACAAUAAAAGAUGUUUGACAUCAGAGGAGAAUAGAACAUUAGGUCUGGGCCUGGUGCUCUGACUUCGUCUUGUUAAAUAAUUAAACCUGAAGUCGGAAGACUAGGGUAAACCGGAUAGUUGACAUGAAGGAAUAUCAUCACACACAUUUUGGCUUACCGUGUCAGAACUACACACGCUUGGCCUUAUUUCUUUGAGCCUGUGGCAGAACAGUAUAUUGAGGCAGGAAGCAAAGACAGAAAGGGUCUAAUAUCCCUUUCUAGAAAAUAUCCCCUGAUGGCCCAAUGCUCUUCCAUUAGUCCUCACUGCUAACCGUCCUGUCACCUCUCAGUAACAAUGUGGGCCGGAGACCAAGGCUCAGGGCACAGGCCUUUGGGAGCUGUAUUAGAGUUCUCCAGAAUAACAAACAGCACUUACAGAAUGAAUUUACAGAAGAAGAACGUCUUACAGGCUUCUGUCCAGCCAAUCCAACAAUGAACAGAAAGUCCAGAAAUUCAGUAGGUGUUCAAUCCAUGAGGUCGGAUGUCUCAGCUGGUCUUCAGUAUACACUGGAAUCCCAAAGUAGGCUCUAGUGCCGGGGAAGGGGUGGACUUGCUAGCAAGGCAAGGACAAGCAAGCAAAGAGCGAAAGCUUCCUACUUCCAUGUCCUUAUAUAGGCUGCUAGGGCAAGGCAUGGCACAGAUGAGAGGCCUGUCUUCCCGCUUGAAGAUCAGGAUUAAAGGAAGAGAGAGCUACCAACUUCAAAUUAAGCAAAAAUCCCUCCCAGGUGUUUCCCUCCAUUGUUAGAUUUUAGCUCAUUCCAGAUGGAAUCAAGUUGACAACCAAGAAAGGCCACCACCGGGGACACUCCACGUCUGAACUGUGCCGAGCUUCGUAUUUUAGACAUGUUUCUUAAUGUUAUUGGCGUCUCCAGCCCUCUUAGUGUUUGUAUUGUAUUCUCUGCAGAAUUUAGCAUGCCAGUGUUUCCUGUCCUUCACGUAAAUGCCUUCGUGUGAAGCUUGCUUGACGCUCCCCCCUUACCUCUCAACUCCCCUAUCCCCGUGACACUGCCCAGUAAUAACUGUUCGUUGUUGUUUACCUGUUGCUUGUAAGUGCAAGUAUUAAAGCAAUUUUAAGGCUAAGUUCACCUGUAAGAAUAUAAUAAAUACCUGUAAUCAGA